AUGAUGCAAGGAAGCUUGAGAGUUGCUAGUAAAGGUGGAAAAUCUUCAACCAUUGAAAGAAAGUUGGCAUUGCAACAAGAUGUGGAUCGUUUGAAGAAGAAGCUUAAGCAUGAGAACAACAUUCACAUGGCAUUGGAGAGAGCUUUCAAUAGACCUUUAGGACUUUUACCUCGUCUUCCUCCUUAUCUACCACCCUAUAUACUAGCACUUCUGGCUGAAGUGGCAGUUUUGGAAGAGGAAAUUGUUAGGCUUGAAGGGAAAGUUGUGCAUUUUAGGCAGGGUUUGUAUCAAGAAGCUGUUUACAUGUCAUCUUGUAAGACCAAAUUGGAGAAUUCGUCGCCUCAUCCCAACAAUUCAAACGCAACAACAACAAUGGAUAGUCCUAGAUUAGAUGAAUUGAAGCCUCUUUCGCAAACAGUUGAUGAUCCAGAAGGAACAUCUGCAACUAGGCCUAUCAUAGAGAAUGUCCAAGGAAAAGAGAAUCAAUUCUGCAAUGAUUCUUUCAAAAGCAGGCUUCAACCGUCGAAACAAAUGAGUAAAACCCAAAUUAAAAAUCUUCAUGUUGACAAUAAGUCAUUGCAUAAAAAAGCGCACUCUCCAAAAAAGAAGCAAGAACCAAAGGUAAAAGAUCAGCAAGUGUCAGAAUUAAGACAUCCUAGUCCACACCAAAUGCCAACAGAAGCUGACAGUCCAAAUGUGAUUUCUGAAAAUAUUCUAAAGUGCUUGUCAAGCAUUCUCUUGAGGAUGAGUUCUGUGAAGAAUUCAGGUUUUGUAGGCGACAUAUUGACUCGAAAACCUCGAAACUGUGUGGAAGGAACAGAGUUUUCGGAUCCGUAUGGCUUCUGUCUGGAAUUUGGAAAGAGGGAUAUUGGUCCCUACAAGCAUUUAUGUGCAAUUGAUGCUAAAUCCUUCAACACAAAACGAACUGCAAAUACUUUGUUUUUACUACACCGAUUGAAACUUCUUUUUAGGAAGCUAGCCUCUGUCAACAUGGAGAACCUCAACCAUCAGGAGAAGCUCGCAUUUUGGAUCAACACCUAUAACUCGUGUAUGAUGAAUGCAUUCAUAGAGAAUGGUAUACCAGAGAGUCCUGAAAUGGCUGUUGCAAUGAUGCGGAAGGCAAAAAUAGAUGUUGGUGGAUACGUACUAAGCGCAACAACCAUAGAGCAUUUCAUUUUAAGACUUCCUUAUCACUACAAAUUCACGUUUUCGAAGGGAGCGAAAAAUCAUGAAAUGAUAGCAAGAAGCAUAUAUGGACUCGAACUGUCAGAACCUCUGGUGACAUUUGCUCUCUCUUGUGGAACUUGGUCCUCUCCUGCUGUGAGAGUUUACACAUCAUCCCAAGUGGAGAAUGAACUGGAAGUGGCCAAAAGAGAGUAUUUACAAGCAACAGUUGGAAUUUCAACAACCAAGUUUGCUAUCCCAAAGCUUCUGGAUUGGUAUUUACAGAAUUUCGCAAAAGAUUUAGAAUCCUUGAUGGACUGGAUCUGCCUUCAGUUACCAAGUGAACUUGGAAAAGAAGCUAUUAAAUUACUUGAGAAAAGAAAAACUGAACCCCUCUCACAGUUUGUACAAAUCAUGCCUUAUGAGUUCAGCUUUAGAUACUUGCUUUGCACAUAA